CAAUGGCAACCAGUUUUGAAAGGAAUUUUUAUUGAUUGGGAUUCAGUUUUCAUUGCAUGUUGCAAUCGAUGAUCAGCGCUAGGUAACAUCUUACCUGAGAUAUGCAGGGACAUUUCGGAACAAGACCGUAACGGAUUUUAUCGAUAACAAUCGCUUGAUUGGACUGGAGGUCCUGUAAACAACCUAUACCAAAUUGAUUAUCAUAAGUCAUGGGUCAACUUGUGAUCAAUAUUAGGUGUUUAUGUCAAAAGUGAGACGAUAUGGGAAGGGAUGAAAGCACAAACUGUAUGGAGGCCCACGCCUUUCUGAAUGGCCUGUGCAUGGAAUGUUACGUCACUUUGCUGACCAUUCUGGAUAUCCUCUGUAUCACCACAGAACUUGUCAUCAGACUAGGAAUAAUUAAAGAUCCGCACUCCGAUCCUACAGAAAGCCCUUUGGCGUCCAGCCUAAAUGUGACCAAUGAAACCUACAAUCCGGAUCCAGGCGGAACCUGUCAACAAUGCUCCAUGGAAACCUCUCUGGAUGUUGCGCACUGCGUUGCGCAUUACUCCAGUGUUACUAUUGCAUGUGUAUUCAUGAUUGAGGUAGUGGCACGAGUUGUUGCCGGGUGUCCAGGCUGUUGGAAAGAUUUUCUUAACGUAUUUGACGGUUUUGUUGUACUAUCUGUCUGUACCAUGGAAGUUUUGUUUACCGUAUUUUGGAAUGACGUCAUCUGUUACCAUGUGGCGGUAGAGGCAGCCACUUAUGUGGUGGCCCUUCGCUUUCUCCGAAUUCCAAGAGCUUGUAGUGUUCGAAAGAGAAUAUAUGCAGAGCGAUUAGAAAACGAGAUGCACUAUCUGAGAAAGGCAAAAUCUAAAUCGGAAGAGCACUCAAGGGAGCUGGCCACAAAACUAAAACGCCAGCAGAGAGAAAUACUAGAAUUACAAAACCGGCUAUCAUCGGCAUCGAUGGGUUUUUCAAAUGAAAAUAUAUCAUCUAUAUCAACCAGCGAUUUAAGUACUCCUCAGAUAAGUAAUGGAACCUUACCCAACGGGUUUCAUACCACUACACUUGAUGAGCUAGAUUCUGUGACGUCAUCAAUUACUGCUGCCAAACAAGCUGACCUUACAGAUACCAAAGAAAAUGGCCCAAAGGAAUCGGCCUCAAGAGAGAGUAGUGUGCAAUAUAAUUCCCUUCUCAGUGAAAUUAACUCAAAACGAGAUGAAAUUCACAAAAAGAGUCUCAAAUUAAAACCGGGUCACUCCCGAAACACUUCUCCAAAGAAAGAGGCAAAUGAUCACGAAGUGAUCUACUCCAACGCACAUGAGACUACUUACAUGAACACUUCCGGUAUGUAUGAUGGUAGUGGCGGGACUUAUCAUGAGAAUAAUGCAACUGACAUUGUGUUCCAUUUGGACAAAAUCAUUCGUGACAAUCAGUCGAAUGGCACAGCAUCCGCCAUCAGGGAUUCUGCGCAGUCCGCACAAUCUGUGGAAACGGAUGAUGAUGAAGCACUCCUUAUAAAAAGAAGUUAUGGUGCUAAGUCUGGUUCCCAUGUUCGAGCCUCGUUUGCAGGAAGAGAGAAUAAAGCAUUUAGUCACGGAGAGAAGACUAGGGCUUCAUUUACUGCCCGCGAAAGUAGAGCCAAUUUUCAUCCGGGAUCAGAGGUUAACGAAAUGGUCAAAAUGAGAAAUCUAGAAGUAAUGGCUGAAUAUGAGGGAACAAGGACGUAUCGUAGUGCUGAGGGCAUUCCACUUACAGACCUUUAGAUUUUAUAGAAUUUUGCCUGCUGGAACAGGAAGCUUGGAAGGCAUGUAUUUAUCAUACUUAUUGUAAAAACCAAUCCAAAACCUGUCUCUGAUUAAUUUCCUUUUUUUAUUACAUGUACAUUUGUUCAUCACUUCCUAUUUAGGAAAUAUAUCAGUAGUGCAAUAACGAUGUUUUUUUUUUUUUUUUUUUUUUUUUUUUUUUUAAAUUUGAGAUUAGGUGAAAGUGUUGUCAUACAUAUAUUGUUAAUUUUCAAACUACCGGAUUGUAAUAAGUACAGAAUAAAUUUAUUACUAUUUAUGCAGCAAUUUCAAAAGAACAUGGAGGAAUAAGUCGAGAAAAAGGCCCAUGGCUGGACAAAUAAUUAAUAGGUUUAAAAAAAAUUAUCAAUGACGAAAUUUUCUUGGAUGAUACUAUAUGUAGUUCAAAUCAAUAUAAACACAUGCAUGUAUACGCUCUGUAAAAUCAUACAGUAUGUGCAAUCUCAACAGUGUUGGAAGUAUUAAUAUGUAAACUAGUAUGUACACACCGAAUUUGGCAAAAUUGAUAAUUUUUGCAAACUACAUACAGGGUGUUUCAGAAAACCUGCAACCAUUUUGAUUGGUUACAUUUUACUCGUGUUUCAUCCAAUAGCAUCCACCAACAUGUAAAAUUAAAAAGCACAAUUUCAAAAUCUAUUCCUGUUAAAAUGAAAUUAAUCCGGCAAAUAGAUAAUGAGUUACGAAAUAAUAAAGAAAGCCUUUAAAAAUACAUCUAGUUACAAAAUAUGUUUAAAAUGACGUCAUUUUGCUGGAUGAAUAAAUGUAAUCGAUGCAGGAAAUUUCUCAUAACCAUAACUAGUGCACAAAAUUUGUUUGUUUUGAACCUUGAUUAAUUUUUUUUUUACUAUUUAGAGUUCAUGUGUUGUGAUGGGGUGUAUUUUAUAAACUUUGACCUUUAAAAUUUAAUGUCCCCAGAGGUAAAAUCAAGGGGGAUAAGUCAGGUGAAUGUGAGGAAAUCAAAUGGUUGCAUGUUUUCUGAAACACCCUGUACUAGUAUUUAUCACAAUUUUUCCUUAUGAAUGGUUUCUCAAUUCAUUUUUUAAAAGAAUAUCUUCUAAAUCUGAGUUAUAAUGUAACCAAGAUAUAAAAAGAGGACACGCUAAGCUUGAAAAGUACUCGUUUAUAGCAAUGAAAUUCGUAUUUUCAGUGGUCAAUUGCAAAGUAAUGAUCUGAUUGGGAAAAACUGAUAAGUAAGGUUCUAUUUAAAGUUUGAUCCUAGCAUGAACCGCUAAUGCAUUUCCAUUCCUUUUCCAUAGCGUUAUGUUUCGCCGAAUUGACCUAUAGAAUUAUUAUUUUGUACAACUAUGUACACAUUAAUGAUAAAAGCAUUGCGUUCAAUUACAUGUAAUACUACAUUCAAAUAUUAAAUUCGAUAUUUAUUCGAUUAAGGCAUUUAAUACGCCUUAUUCAUCCAUGUGCUUUACAA